AUGGAUACCACGGGCGGAGUGUGCGCGCGCUGGCGCAGACCGGUGUGGCCACUUCUGAUCCUUCUGGCCACGAUCCCGCGCGCGUCGCACUGCUCGGACAGUCCGGCAGCAGCUGUUGGCAAAAUGUAUGCACGCGGCAACCACUGGGCAGUAGGUCACUUGAUGGGAAAGAAGAGCAUCGACAGGGGCAGGGACUACCUCCCCCCCUCAGAGACAGACCAGGACAGGGACUACCUCCCCCCCUCAGAGCCAGACCAGGACAGGGACUACCUCCCCCCCUCAGAGCCAGACCAAGCCAGACCAGCACAGGGACUACCUCCCUCAGAGCCAGACCAGGACAGGGACUACCUCCCCCCCUCAGAGCCAGACCAGCACAGGGACUACCUCCCCCCCUCAGAGCCAGCCGGGGUCACACAGAGACUGAUGGAGGCUCUGCUCCAACAGAAGACCCAGAGACGGAGGAGGGUGCAGCCAUAGGCUGCAGACGCCAGGCGGCUGCGGCUGCGGAGCGGCUGGAGGGAAGAGGACAGAGACAAAUCUCUCAGAGAGAUGUCAGACCUGCUUCUUCUGGCGUCGGACCUGCGAGACAAUCACUCCACCUGAAUGCAAGCCGAAUUAUAAGAAGAGUCUGCAUCACCUCCACAUAUUCACAUUGUCUGUUUGUUUCUGCUGUAAAGAGUAUGCCGGGAAACGCAGUGGAAGAUUUUUUUUGUAUCAGUAAUUUAAAGUUUAUUACAGACCUGACAAAGUUAUGUUUCAUGGACUGAGAAGGUGGA